GGACCGCUAUAUCUGGGGGCUGGCGUGCGGGGCCGGCGGGCGGGCCACCAUGGCGCAGUGCUCAGGGAAGAUCACUCUCUACGAGGGCACACACUUCACGGGGCGGAAGCUGGAGGUCUUCGGGGACUGCGACAACUUCCAGGACCGAGGCCUCCCAAACCGCGUGAACUCCAUCCGCGUGGAGAGCGGAGCCUGGGUGUGCUUCGACCACCCCGACUUCCGCGGCCAGCAGUUCGUCCUGGAGCGCGGCGAGUACCCCGACUUCUUCCGCUGGAACGGCCACAACGACCACGUGGGCUCCUGCCGGCCGGUGGGCAUGCACGGGGAGCACUUCCGCCUGGAAAUCUUCGAGGGCUGCAACUUCACGGGCCAGUGCCUGGAGCUGCGCGACGACUGCCCCUUCCUUCCCAGUCGGGGCUGGGCCCAGACCUGCGUCAACGCCAUCAAGGUGUACGGGGACGGAGCCUGGGUCCUGCACGAGGAGCCCAACUACCGCGGCCGCAUGUACCUGGUGGAAAGAGGCGACUUCCGCAGCUUCUCCGACUGGGGGGCCCACAGCGCUCGAGUCCAGUCCCUCCGCAGGGUCGUCAACUUCUUCUAGCCCGGCCCGCGGUCCGGCCAGGCCCAGGGGGGCCCCCGGGGCAGGGGCUGUCCCUUCUGCCCCCCUGCGGGACGAGGGGCCACGGGGAAUAAAAGUCAUAA